AUGCCCUGGGCUGGCAGGAUGGGGCUGGGGACCCUGGGGGUCCUGCUGCUCCUCGUGCAGGCGGCAGCAGCCUGUGAGUUUGGGCCCUUCCCAUACGGUGACACCGGCAUCGUCUGCAGGAUGACCAAAGCUGCGGCUCUGCUGUUGAACCAGGAAACAGCUCAGCUCAUCCAGACAGCCUUCAGAAACGCCAGGUUCCCCAACGUCACCGGCGAGCGCUCCGUGCGCCUCCUGGGCACCGUGGCUUACGGGCUCAGCAACAUCCAGGUCAAUGAUUUGUCCAUAGAGAAGAGUGAGGUGGAGCUCAAGGAGAACGAUGCCAUCCACAUUGCCAUCAAAAACGUGACGGCUGUCUUCAAAGGGACCCUGAGCUACAGCUACACUGGGGCCUGGUUUUUGCAGCUGCUUCAUUCAGUGGAUUUUGAAAUCGAGUCCUCCAUUGACCUCCAGAUAAACAUCAAACUGAUGUGCCAGAAGGAGCAAGUGGCUGCUGAUGCCUCAGACUGCUACCUGACCUUCCACAGGCUGACACUUCACCUCCAAGGAGACAAGGAGCCGGGCUGGCUGAAGCAGCUCUUCACAGAUUUCAUCUCCUUCACUCUGAAGCUGGUUCUGAAGGGCGAGGUGUGCAAUGAAAUCAAUUUCCUUGCCCAGAUGCUGGCAGGUUUUGUCCAUGAGUUAGCAGAUAAUUUUGUCCAGGAUGAGGAUAUUAAAAUUGAUCUCUCCCUUGCAUCAGUUCCUUUAAUAAAAGCCAAUUACUUGGAAUCACAUCACAAGGGCCUUGUCCUGUACAAGAACUUCUCAGAUGCCCUGGGAGACUCAGUGUUCUCACCAUCUCUGCUGUCUGAGGCCCGGAUGCUCUACUUCUGGGUGUCUGAGCACCUCCUCAGCUCUCUGGCUUCAGCAGCGUUCCUGGACCGGCGCCUGGUCGCAACCAUCGCAGGGGAGAAGCUGCAGGCGCUGUUUGAAGUGGAGGACACGGCGGUGCAGCAGAAGGCCGUGCAGAUGAUUUUCCAAGGAGCCUCCUACAACGAGUCUGUGGCCAAGGUGUGGAGUCUUGCCCACCCCCAAAUCUCUGUUCAGCCUGAAGGGACAGUUGUGAAGUCCUUGGUAGCAGCAGAGGUCAACAUCUUUCCAGCAGGAGAAGAGCCCCUGAUGGUUCUGUACAUGGAGAAGGAAAUCACAGUCACUGUCCGAGCUGCCUAUGCAGAAAACAAGCUCAUCCUGCACCCUCUGGACUCCAGGACAGAGUUUAAAGUCUUUAAAUGUGCAGCUGAUCCAAGUGGGAAUGACCCAUCCAUAAGAAACUUCUUGCAGACAAUGAUCUCUCUUGUUGGGAUCCCAGAAGUGAUUUCAAGGAUCGAGCCAGCUUUGACUUCCAUGAUGAACAGCAAAGGGCUGCACCUCUUUGAGAUCAGGAACCCUGAGAUCAUCACAAGAAAGGGCUAUUUAAUCGUGCAGCUUGACUUUGGCUUCCCCAAUCAUUUGCUUCUUGAUUUUCUGAAGAAAAAGAUAUAGAGUUGAUCUCUUCCUGAAGGGUUGCAGGAACUUGUGUAGGGGCAGAAAGCUUGUGAAGCAAUUAAAAGA